AUGAAAUCAUUUAUCGAAGUUCCUUCUGAUUCUCAUUUUCCUAUUCAAAAUUUACCCUUCGGAAUUUUUUCAACUGAAGAUGUCCCGACACCUCGGGUUGGAGUUGCUAUCGGAAGUCAAAUUUUGGAUUUACCGGUCAUAGCUCCAUUAUUCGAAGAAAAAGUUCCUGAAUUGAAAAAUCCUCUUUCUGUUUUUUCACAGUCAACUUUAAACACGUUUAUGUCACUAGGUAGACCAGUAUGGCAAGCAACUCGUAAAUUCUUGCAAGAAAUAUUGGCGGAUCAUAAUCCUUUGCUACGAGAUAAUAUUGAACUAAGACGUCAGGCAUUCGUGCCCCAGAAAAUCGCUAAAAUGCAUUUGCCAGCUAGUAUUGGUGAUUAUACUGAUUUCUAUGCUUCAAAGGAACAUGCUUGA